GCGGCGCGUUGAAGCACUUUAUCCGAGUCCGGUCACCCGUCUUGCUCUUGCUUUUGCUCUGGCUCUUGCUCCUCGAUCUCAACCAUGAGCGCGACAUUGGUCUCCAUCUUUGUGGCCGGAUUCAUGAAAGAGCAAGUUGCGCGGGGAGAACCGUGGAUGGAGGACGGGAAUGUGUGUCUGGUGACGGCCGACUCCGACAAGCCAACAGCGUUCAAAGUCCAUAGAAGCGUCAUGGCCCGACAUUCCGAAAUCUUUGAGUCUAUGUUCAUGGUCCCCCAGCCCCCGAGCGAGGUGGUUGAAACCGCGGAGGGAUGCCAGGUCGUGCGGAUGUGGGAUCCACCACAAGAGCUGGCCAGUCUCAUUGAGGCUAUCUAUGACGGGUUAAAAUUCGCCAAUAGAAAACCUGCUGACUUUUUCCAUCUAGCGGGUAUCCUCCGACUAUCGACGAAAUACGAGAUAGCCAAAUUCCGCCAACAAGCCAUCACAUUCCUAUCGCAGACGUGGUCGCAUACACUGCAGGGCCACGAUAAUCUCGUGGACGCGGCGAUCCGUUCGCCCGUACUCGACGGCUUGACAUACCCGUGGAUACACCCUCUCCAUGUCCUCAAUCUGGCUCAGGAAACCGACGUGAGGAUAGUGGUCCCUUCCGCUGUAUACUUCCUUUCGCUGUACCAAUUGGAGGGUCUUUUGCGCGGGGACCACCCCAAACUGAAGUUGGAGCAUCCGUCCAAGCCCUCGUCCGAGCUGUCGCCGACGGUUCUCGUGCAAUACACGCUGAUGCACCAGAAGCGGCUAGACAUCAUCCUGCACUUCGUGCGCGACUUCUGCAACACGCGAAAUCCAUGGCCGACGUGCGGCACAAUGUCCAUAUGCACGCGCGGAUUCACGCGGCUUGCCUCUCGGCUGGGCCGUUCAUGGAUCCCGAGAACAGGGCCCAUACAUUACAUGUCUCAAGCGAUCUCUGAGAUCACGGAAGAACCCAAGUCGUCUCUGUGCGAGCCGUGUCGGCAGUCCUUCAUUGCCGAUGUGAAAAGGCUAAGAGAUAAAACAUGGAACGAGUUGCCGGCUGUGCUCAAUCUGCCGAGUUGGGAGGAGUUGGAGGCAGUUGAGCUACACGCGGGAUAAUGUUGAUUGAAAUUUGGUUUUCCAACUCUGGUUUCGUUUGGUUAUUUUGCGCACUGAUGUAUUUGAUUCCCUUGUAUCCACAUUCCAACCCUGUUCUCAUGUGCUCCGAGACACCACCACUUCUCCAGAACAUCCAUCUUCAGUGUCCAGCUCCGGCGCUCAUCUUCUGAUGCCCGCUCCAGGUCGACGAAAUCGAGAGCUCCGACGCCGCGGCCUCCUUCAUCCCAAAGACAGACUGCAAAGUGUCAGAUUUUGUCACGAGCUUUCUCCAGUGCCGUCGACUCACUUUGCUGUGCAUCGAACGGGGCCCCGACAGCAAAGCAACCUGAAGCCAGUCCCAGAGCUUCAGCGCCGCCUUUGGUGGCCAAAUACAAUGAUUCCAUCCAGUCAAUGGCCAGUGACUGGUCGCCGGUUUCCUUGGCAAGCUGUUUGGCACCAUGGCGCAUGCGAGAAACAGACACGGCGUGGCGCAUCGCAGACAUGAUGUCGAUGCUGUAGCCGCCUGCGAUGUCUGUCCCGAGUCCAACUUUGACCUGUUCAUCCAACGCCUCGCGGAGGUGGAAUGGUUCGGCGGAGAAGUACGAAUUGGACAGGGGGCAGUGGGCGAUGGCCGUGCCGCAUUUGUGGACAUGUUUCAAGGAUGCCGUGCCUAAGAAUGUGCAAUGGGCUUGGAUGGUCCUCGCAGUCAACAGACCAUGCUGGAUAAUCGCUUGAGACAAUAAAUGAUGACACUGCGCACGAACUGACCUGCUCAAAGAUGUUCAUGUCUUCAUCCCCACGCUCCUUGCGCACGUAUUCGACCUGGUCCAGCGACUCGGCCAUGUGGCUUUGGAUCUUCAAAUUUUCAGCCUGCGAGAGCUCGCCCAGUCCAGUCAGAAGUUCGGCGGAGCAGGUCGGGACAAAUCGAGGAGUCAAGACGGGCUCUACCAGACGCUCGUGAUCUGGCAGUCGGGCAGUGAUGUCUCGGCAGUCCUGUACGAAGGAGCGCGCAGACUGUAGGAGGCGUCGGCCGAAGAUUCCUGGUACGACGGCCGAGAAGAGAUAUCCAUAGAUAACUUCCCAACGAAAGCGCGUAUUCCCGCCUCUUGCAUGACUUGCGCGAGAAUCAGACUAAGUGAUUCAAAGGCGAUUCAAAACCCGCCGUCUUGGCUCAGCAAAAAGAAAAAGAGGCUGCGCACUUGGUUUCUGCUUUGAUAGUACCAAACAGUAGCACAGAUCCGGUGCCACUCUGUAUCAGGCGACUGGCAAGCCGGGUGUAGACGUAUCGAGCCAAUUCGGGGUCCGAGUCGAGUCGCUCCUCUGCUUUGAAAGCGUAUUCGUUCAACCAUUCCAUCAAGGGCAGAUGCAGCCCAUUUCCUUGAUAUAGCACCUGCGGCGCAUGCAGAUGCAGGUCCACAAAUGUCGGCGUGAUGAAACUUCCCCGCGGUAUGGUGAUCAGGGAUUCACUAGAUUUCAAAAUAGACUGCAGGAUUUGGUUCGAAGCAGACGAGCUUGCAUCGUCAAAGUGCGUAAUCACGCCUGUCUCGUCGGUGACUGCAAAAGGUGUUGGCAAACCACUCCGUGCCCAAAUCGGAGCUACUAACCAAGUAGAUGGUCUUUGAGAAUCUCUGCCGUGCCUAGUUUCGGGGUGUGUACGAAGACUCCACGGAUGGUCAGUGCGCGAUGCAUGUCGAGUCUUGACGUUGCUGAUAAGGGAAAUCGCGAUCACGUGCACAUAUCUACGGGCUGCACAAUUCAAGCUAUCUCGACUAAUCGCUUGACAGAAUACAUUUCCAUGUCGAGGAUGACUUGUAAAAUCAGGAUCGCAGUCCCCGGACCAAGUUGAAGAGAUCAAGCGAACAACAGGGGGAUGGGCCCCAUCAUAGAUAAGAUUAGAUCUCCGAAGGUAUACAAGCAGAAUUCCGUAGCCAGUCUGAAAGGAUGAAUGAGUGGGCAACACCGUUGCUGUCUCAGACAAACUUGCCAAUGGUGACAUCUUCAAGGUGAUCAUCGAAGUCUCCAAAUAUCUCGUGCAGCCCUCGCUCACGGACGAAGGUGAUUGUUUGUUGCGGCAGGGCAGCGGAGGCCAGCUGGAAGUGCGAUCCAGGGCCGAAGGCAGGAUCGGUGGUAUAUGGGCGCCAAUUCGAGCCCUGCGACAGAUACGGCUUUUGAAGAUGCGACAAUCAGAGUCGACCCUUGUCGUAACAAGCGCACGCAAGACGUACAAUCAAGGCAGUAUCGCCAGAACCGAGCUUUUC